AUGAAGGCCAAACCCCAGUCUGAGCCAUAUAACACAAGGAGCAGGGGGUUCCCAGUCACCCCUCCUCCUCCCUCCUUACCGUCCCGCUCGUCCCUCUCUCUCGUCUGGAAGCGGCUCCGGGAGCGGCGGCUGAACGUCCGGCGCAGAAAGCCCAUCAUCUUCCUGAUCCACAAGGUGAGGAGGUCCUUGUUGUGUCCGGGGAAAGUGUUCCACACAACAGGCGGAGAAGCCGGGGUCCUGCUUCUGCUGCUUUCCCCGCCUCCUCCUCCUCGUCCUCCCCGGGGCGAGGAGUCACUUAGCAGGCACGGAGGAGACUUCAGGACUGCCGAUCAGUCCUUCGGCUGGAUGUCGGCGGGGGACCCUAGCCGCAUACUAAUGAAACUCACGCAGAAAGACCACCGAGGCGCCAACCAGUUGAUUAACUGGCCCGGUGUGAACGACUCUCACAGAAAUACAAGCAGCCCUCCUCCUCCCCCUGUCCUGUCCUCUCCUGUGCACCUGCCUCCUGCUUUGCUUGCUGUUGCGCACCGACUCUCAAAUACCGGAAAAAUCCCGACCGACGCUUCCGCCGUGGGAGUCACACGGGGCCGGGAAGGGGGAGUAAAGACUGGUCACCUCUGCACCGGAACCCCGGGGGUGGUUGUUGCUUAUUCCCACCGGCGAACCGAAACUACCUCACAGGCCGACCCAGCAGCGCCGGUAAACCAGCGCCACCUGUCGGACACCCGCCUUUAUCAUGAGUGGUUCCCAAGGUGCGGUCCAAGGUGCCUCAAGGACCGAUAAAGGGUUUCCAGGAAGUCCCCAACAUAAUGAUGUGU